CUUAAAGCCUGGCCACCUACACUACCUGCGGAAGAACUGAAGCAGCUUAUUUCUUAUGCUGUUGACUGGACAACCUCGCAUGGUCUGGUUAUGCGUGCUCGCAAUGUGGAAGGUGCUUUGGCUGUUCAUGUUCCUUUUGCGCUAUUUCCUAGUCCAUAUCCAAAGGACUGCUAUGAUUUAGCAUGGCAGCUUCAACCACUUUUCAACGAACUUGUUGAUAAGAUUGCCAGAGAUGAACAGUUUAUUCAAACCGUUAUGGAGAGCAUUGCUGAUGUUGAUGACUUUACACAUCGUCUAUAUGUUCUGUACAAGGAGACUUGCAAUCUAUCGCCGAAUCAGAAGAUCUGGAUGGCUCUGAAUCGUUCUGAUUAUCUAUUGCAUCAACCCUCUGCUGAAGCAACUGUUUUGCUUCAGCAAGUCGAAUUGAAUACGAUUUCUUCCGCAUUUGCAGGUCUAUCAUCGCGAACAAGCGAUCUUCACCACUACCUCGCCAAUCGCACUGCUUUUUUCAGUGCAUCUUCCAAGAAUACUCCAGACAUCCAUGCGUCUGAUUUCCCCAAAAAUGAAUCUCUUUCUGGAUUUAUAGAUGCGCUAGCAAAGGCAUGGGAGGUGUACAACGUUCCAAGUGCGGCUAUUCUGAUGAUUGUUCAGCCAGACGAGCAUAAUAUAUAUGAUCAGCGGCUGAUCGAGUACGGUUUGUUUGAAAAACAUGGAAUACCAGUCAUUCGUUGCUCACUUGGUGAUGUUUUGGUGCAUGGAAAGCAUACUGGAACUGAUCGACGACUUAUCGUUGAUUCAAAAGAAAUUGCAGUUGUUUACUAUCGUGCUGGGUAUGGACCUGGAGACUACAUAUCGGAAAAGGAAUGGACUGCUCGCCAUAUGCUGGAAACGUCCAUGUCAAUUAAAUGUCCUCCCGUAGUAUAUCAGCUUGCAGGCACAAAGAAAAUGCAGCAAUACAUUGCUACAGCAGGCGUUUUGGAAAAGUUUGUUACAAAUCCAGAGCAUGUUGCUCUUUUACGCUCGUCUUUUACUGGUCUGUACCCACUAGAUGAGACUCCUACUGGUAUGAAUGCAUACGAACGAGCAUUGAAAGACUCAUCUAAUUAUGUCAUGAAACCUCAGCGAGAAGGAGGAGGAAAUAAUAUUUACAGUAGUCACAUUCGAGAGCAUAUGCUCAAAUUUUCACCUUCUGAGAGAAAGGCAUACAUUCUCAUGGAUCUCAUAAAACCACCCCCAUUCAAGAAUACUCUUGUACGUAAUGGUGUAGCCAUCAACGCAGAGGUUGUCAGCGAACUUGGGAUAUACGGCGCGUAUAUUAGCGAUGGUGUUCAGGUACACAUGAACCAGACACUAGGGCAUCUGUUACGCACAAAAAUGUCCAGCUCUGAUGAGGGCGGAGUGGCGGCUGGAUAUGCUGUAUUAGACAGCCCAUUUUUACAAUGAGUGUAGUACUGGUAGUGCGAACCUGCCUUGAUUAUUUUCAAGUUUAAUUCCACGCCUUGCAUGGCUUCAAACACUAUGCAUUGUGCUGGAAAGCUUUUCAAAUGAAGCCUUUAGCCCUACAAUUCCGUAAAUUGACAAAAUGAAAUCUUUUACUGUAAUGCC